ACAUCCUUGGCAACAGCAAAGACCCAUGGAUUGAUUGCCGGGCGACUUGCGACAAGUAAAGUUUCAUUUUCGCCAAUCCAAAUCAUCAUCUUCUCUUCUUAUCAUUUCUGGACUCUCUGUCCCUUCUUUGUUGGAUCUCCCUUUCUCUCAGUGCUCCGACUUCAAUAGCCGCUGAUCUACUCUGUCCGAGAGUUUGACUAUGAUGGUUGGACGUAGAGUGAUCCACCAGUUACUGAGGGGAAGACUUCAAUCUCAAUCCACUGCGUCUCCAAUUUUGUCAUCCCUUGUUUCAAAGAAAGAUCAAGAGGGGGUUGGAUCUGCUGGCAUGAAGUCCCUGAGAGCAUUUGCACUCGUUGGAGCAAGUGUGUCUGGGCUUUUGAGUUUUGCAACAAUAGCAUCUGCCGAUGAGGCUGAACAUGGUUUAGAGUGUCCAAGCUAUCCUUGGCCUCACCAAGGCAUUCUCAGUUCAUACGACCAUGCUUCGAUUCGCCGUGGUCACCAGGUUUACCAACAAGUCUGUGCGUCUUGCCAUUCGAUGUCCCUGAUUUCAUAUCGUGACUUGGUUGGUGUGGCAUAUACAGAAGAGGAAACAAAGGCUAUGGCAGCUGAGAUUGAGGUGGUUGAUGGGCCUAAUGAUGAGGGUGAGAUGUUUACCCGCCCGGGGAAACUGAGUGACCGUUUUCCUCAGCCAUAUGCAAAUGAACAAGCUGCUAGAUUUGCAAAUGGAGGGGCCUAUCCUCCAGAUCUAAGUCUCAUCACCAAAGCUCGUCACAAUGGUCAAAACUAUGUAUUCGCCCUUUUAACUGGUUACCACAAUCCUCCUGCUGGUGUUUCCAUCCGAGAAGGACUGCACUAUAAUCCUUACUUUCCUGGGGGAGCUAUUGCAAUGCCCAAAAUGCUUUCUGAUGGCGCUGUGGAGUAUGAAGAUGGUACCCCUGCAACCGAAGCUCAGAUGGGGAAAGAUGUGGUGACAUUUCUAUCAUGGGCUGCAGAACCGGAAAUGGAAGAGAGAAAACUCAUGGGAUUCAAGUGGAUAUUUGUACUGUCACUUGCACUGCUUCAAGCUGCUUACUACAGACGCUUGAAGUGGUCGAUUUUCAAGUCUCGUAAGCUGGUCCUUGACGUUGUCAAUUAG